CACUCACUGCCAUCUACGAUCCCUUGACCCUUUUUCAGCAAAUAAGAGGCCAUGUCCGGUAUAUCAGAAGCCCUAGAGACACGCAGCCGCUACCGGGCUACCCUCCGUACCAUCAGAAAGGCGAUACGCGAGCUUGAGACCGACCAGAUUGACGUGUGUCAGGCACAGGAUGCGGGCAUUCGACAGCUCCCCAUGUCCCUCGAGCAGGCCUCCGACUGUUUCCCCUUGUUCUUCACUCCAUAUGAUGCCGAGUUUGCGCGAACGAGCGAGGACCCCUUUCCCUCUCACGAGCCCGAUAAUCCGAACCACUGGAACAUCCAAGGCCUGAACUAUUACAUGCAAUACAGUCUGAGCCACUUCAUCCUUGACCAUCCUAUAGGCAUCUGCCCCAAGUCGUAUGUGCCCCUGGUUCCUGACUUCUAUUAAUGGCCAAGGCUCUUACCGUACUCUAGAUGGGGACAGUUCAACUUCGGAGCGCUGUUCGAGACCAAUUAUUACUGGAAAGUAUCCUCGAUAGGCACCGCUGUGGCAAAGGAGCCACUGCCCCAUAUGAA